UGAUUGCCAGCAAGCAAUUAGAUCCUACAUCAUGGUGCAUUUUUCUGCUGAAGAGAAGGCUACUGUGGCUAGCCUGUGGGGCAAGGUGAAUGUGGAGGAGGCCGGAGGCGAGGCUCUGGGCAGGCUUCUGGUCGUCUACCCCUGGACCCAGAGAUUUUUUGACAACUUUGGUAACCUGUCUUCUUCCUCUGCAAUCAUGGGCAACCCCAAGGUCAAGGCCCACGGCAAGAAGGUGCUGACUUCCUUUGGAGAUGCUAUUAAGCACAUGGAUGACCUCAAGGGCACCUUUGCCCAUCUGAGUGAGCUGCACUGUGAUAAGCUGCACGUGGAUCCUGAGAACUUCCGGCUCCUGGGCAAUGUGAUGGUGGUUGUUUUGGCUUCUCAUUUUGGCAAAGAAUUCACUCCUGAAGUGCAGGCUGCUUGGCAGAAGCUGGUGGGUGGUGUCGCCAAUGCUCUGGCUCACAAGUACCACUGAGCCUUCUGUCCACCUCACCAGGGCCCCUGUGUCCCCAGCCAUCCUUCUGCACAUGUGGAAUGGGUUUUGGCUUUGAGAGCACAGCUUCUGUUUAAUAAAGUGCAUUCU